AUGAGAUUAACCAAAGUUUUUGCCGUUGUCGCUGCUACAUUCACUGUCUCUGCUAACGCUGCUGCUAUCAACCCUGCAAGUUUUGCGCCAGGUGCUCAAGAUGUUGUCAUCUCGGGAGCUGCUUACUCCAACUUGCUUCAAGUUUUGGGAGUCACCGAGGCCACUGCUGCUAAAUUGGGUUUAGUCGAGGGCCAAACUGCUGGUCAGUUGGCCAAUGAGGUUUCCAAUCUUUUGGACCAAAAGAAACGCCGUGAAUUUAUUGGGGAAGAAUCUGCCAAUGCUGGUGCUGAUGCCAUAGUCCAAAGAGACUUGAUUAGUACCUUAUCCCAGAUUCCACUCUCAUUGUUGUCAGACGCACUUAACUUGUUGGUUACCGGAGGUAUCACUGCCUACGAUGAAUUGUUAUCCGUUCUUGGAAUCAAUGCAACUGUUGCUAACGAAUUGGGUUUGUUGGCUACCGAAACAACUUCUGAAUUAAUUAAUCUGAUUGCUAAACUCAUUGAACAGGCCAUAGAAAAUGGAUUUCUGUCAGCCAAGAGAGACUUAGCACCUGACACCAAAGUUGAUUCAAAGAGAGACUUGAUUGGAACUUUGUCACAGAUCCCACUCGAUGUGUUAUCAGGUGCUCUUAAUUUGUUGGUUACUGGUGGUAUCAGCACUUUUGAUGAGUUGAUCUCAUACCUUGGAGUCAAUACUACUGAAGCCAACGAGUUGGGUUUGUUAGCUACGCAAACCAUUUCUGGUUUGGUAAAUCAAGUUGUCAAGCUUGUUGAGGAUGCAAUUGAAGACGGUUUCCUGUCAGCAAAGAGAGACACUUUAACCGAUGACUUGUCGCAAAUUCCACUUGAGUUGUUGACCCAAGCACUCCACUUUUUAGUCACUGGUGCAAUUUCUGGUUUUGAUGACUUGUUGGGGUUCUUGGGUAUCAACGCCACCGAAGCCAACGAGUUGGGUUUGUUAGCUACGCAAACCAUUUCUGGUUUGGUAAAUCAAGUUGCCAAGCUUGUUGAAGAUGCAAUUGAAAACGGUUUCCUGUCAGCAAAGAGAGACACUUUAACUGAUGACUUGUCACAAAUUCCACUUGCUUUAUUGACCGCUGCAGUCAAUGCUAUUGUUACUGGUGGUAUCUUGACAUUUGACCAAUUGAUUAGCUGGUUAGGUAUUAGUCCCACCGUUGCAAACAAGUUGGGAUUGUUUGCUACUCAAACUAUUUCGGAAUUGCUCAACCAGUUGAUUCAACUUGUUGAGACAUCAAUUGAGAAUGGUUUCAAGAAUGCUUAA